UUCCAUUGAUCCACAGUGAGAGGUGAACUAUAAUGGUGUAUCUAUUGAGAGGUACUUAUUUUACAAUCAAUUAAUAAUACAGAAAACACAGUCUGAGAUACACAUUCACAGAUUUAAUAUUUCCCACCUGUACUGGGCCCUGGAUGUCCUCUCCUUCCCUCCUCUCCCCUCCUUCUCUUCUCUCCUUUCCUCUCCUCUCCCUUCCUCUCCUCUCCAUCUCUCCUCUCCUCUCCUCUCCCCUCCUUCUCUCCUCUCCUCUCCACUCCUUCUCUGGCAUAUGCGGUCCUAACCUCUGAUGUCCAGGGCGUGAAGCAGUUGGAGAGCAAGGCGGCAUUCCCAAUUCCUGGUGUGUGGGAACGCGUGGGAUGAGACUCGGGGCGGUCAGCACGGUUUGGUCAACAUUAUUCGUGCCUCUUUCAAAGUACCUUUCAAAGUUGACCACAAGCACUAUGGGCUGCCUUUGAAGCCUAGCAUGCACACACACACACACACACACACACACACACACACACACACACACACACACACACACGCACGUCUGGCACUAGCUCACUAGGCCUGCUGCUAUAUUUGAAUCCUUCUUUCUCUUCCAAAUCCCACGACAGAAAUACACCGCCGCCACACCUUGUAUGUUCGCAGCAAACUGGACCGACGCUUUGAUUAAUUAUCGGACGGCGCAACAGGAAACAGGCUUUAACGCAGCAGAACGCAAACCCAGCUGCGUCCAGGCAGUGUGGCUCAUUCCGUUGGAUCUCCCUCGUCAUCGCGUUCCAGAGAGUUUGCUGUACGCCACUGAAGGUAGACUUAGUGAGGAAUUUCCUUACUGUGGUACACCAUUGCUUUGUUCACCACCAAACCACUGCGUGACACACGGUCAUGUCCAGGGACUCGGAAACUGCAGGCCUUCAGCUUUGGGUAUGAAAAAGAGGCAAAGAAUGCCAAGGAAAUGGAUGCAAACGUAAAUUGAGUUGUUAUGGCUUAGGGCAAAAAAACUUGGGGGUAUGUUAUACCAUUUACAAAAUGGCCCAUCGUGUGUUCGUUCAGAUUCCCCAGAUGGUAGUUAAGCAUGAAAGAGAGACGCUAUGAAAAGAUGAAAAGAUAGAAGGGUGGAGGCAAAAUGAGGGAGGGAGAGAUGAGGUCUCCCAGCGAGGCCACUAGGAGGGGCGAUGGGUGUAAGCAGGGAGGGCCAGAGAGAGAAAGAAAGAAAGAAAGAGGUUGACAUUCGACAAAGUGAGGGACAGAAAGAAGUUUAAGAGGGGAGGAGGAUGGAGAUUAUUGGAAAGAAGUUCUGUGGCUGAUGGGAUAAGGGUAGGGGACUUCUGGAGCAAGCGGCAACACAUUGCAUACACAGAAGACCAUCUCUCCCAAGGAUUACAAUCAGGAAGCACUUAACAAAAAAAACUGGAUUAAGGGACGCAUCUGGAUGUGGGUGUGAGCUCAUCUUGGACGGAUAAAUAAAUACUCAAGCCUAACUGGAUAAACACUUGGAGUGAUCUCGGAGGGUUCCACUCUGGACGUGGCUUCCUGUGUGGGAUUGUGACCCUCUACCGUCCACAGAGCGAAACCCUAGCAGGUGUGAUCUAAUGCUUCCCUUCUUUUUGAUGUCUGAAUCCUACCCCAGUGAGCCAAUCUAAUGAUACGCCUCUCCCGCCUCAACACAAGCGCCCCAGUGCCUGUGCUCUUAAAUUAAACUCGCCGUAGUCCUCCCUUCAAGGUCCCGGCACUUCAAAGGAGAGCGCAAUUUUCCAACCAGGGGUCAAUGUUUGUCUAUAUUCAAACACAUCCCAUCGGCCUCGCUUGUAAUCAUGUCGGCGCACUCAUUACAUCUGCGGUUCGCCAUGCCAUCGCUAGACGCCCGAAUCUGAGCAGUGUGCGCGAGGGAAGGUGAAAAGGCAGCAGUAGGAAAGAGUGAGCAACCCGACCGUGAGGUAAACAGAAGCGGCUUGGGCCAGGUAAACAUGUCUCGGCUGCGGCCAGCUGUCCUCUAAACAAGCCGGACAUAAAUCAACACAGGGUAGAGCGUUGGUCCUCGGUGCCUUCGCGCAGAGUCCCGGAGUAUCAUAGGCUGCUCUGGGCAGCUUCAGGGUGUGGGGGGGGGGGGGGGGGGGGGAAACCGAGAGGAGAGGAGCCAACGUUUGAGACGCGCAGACGAUCUUUGCGUCUGAUGUUGUGGAGUUUAUUUGGUGGAAACCUGUGGCGUUGUUCAGAGGGAUUAAGGAGAACCCUGAGUUAGUAGCGGGGGGAACAACGGAUUCUCUGCUGGGAUAAAGAAGACAAGAAGAAGCAAGCGGAGUCAAGAAGGAGACGUGGGAGACAAGGCAGACAGUCAAGGCAUGGGGUCGGACUAUCCUUCCUCCCGCCGGACCGCGGGCGACUCUGGGAGCUCUAGGAGCCCCACACACACUCGCUGCAGCUGUGGCAACGGCAGCGGCAGCAGCAGGAGAGUCAGGGGUGUCCGCUGCUCCCCGUUCCUCCAUCCCCGGACCCUGUUCCUGGUCCCCCUGCUGCUGCUGCUGUCCCUGCCCCUGUGGAGCCAGCAGGCCGAGGCCGUGGUGCACUCCAGCUUCAAGCGGCUCAGCGGCCGGGAGAAGAAGGAGAUGCAGAAGGAGAUCCUGUCCGUCCUGGGCCUGCCGGGGAGACCCAGGCCCCACCCCCCGCUCCGGCCGCCCUCCUCGGCCCCCCUGUUCAUGCUGGACCUGUACCACGCCGUGUCGGCCGAGGGCGAGGAGCAGGGGAACGACAUCCUGGGUAAUAACGGAGUGAGGAUGGGCGUGGCCGAUGGGCGGGGUCACGUGAUCCACGGCGUGCUGCCGACCCUCAGCACGCACACGGCGCCGCUGGGGACGGUGAUCAGCGAGGCGGACACCGUGAUGAGCUUCGUCAACCUGGUGGAGCAGGAGAGGGAUCUGCUGCAGCCCCGGCCCUACUGGAAGGAGUUCCGCUUCGACCUCACCCCCCUCCCGCAGGGGGAGACGGUGACCGCCGCAGAGUUCCGUAUCUACAAGACCCUGACGAUGGGCCAGCGGGCUAACCGCACCCUCCAUAUCUCCGUCUACGAGAUCCAGCGAGACAACAGACACAGAGAGCCUGAACUGGUUCUGCUGGACAUCCAGUCCGUCCCUGCUGGCCAGGAAGGUUGGCUGGCCUUUGACGUCACCUCCGCCUCCAACCGCUGGCUCCUCCACCCGCGCAGUAACCUGGGGAUACGGCUCUACGUGGAGACAGAGGAAGAUCGCUCCCUGUCCGCGGGCUGGAUCGGUUUGGUUGGGCGCCGGGGCCCUCGUUCCAAGCAGCCCUUCAUGGUGACGUUCUUCAGGGCCAGCCAGAUUCCCUGCCGCCCACCGCGCGCCGUCAAACCAAACCCCCGCAAGAAGAAACACAAAUACGACCUGCCCGUCCCCAGCAUACAUGAUCACAGUCACGCCAACAGUGGGCGCCAGGCGUGCAGAAAACACGAACUCUACGUCAGCUUCAGUGACCUCGGCUGGAAGGACUGGGUGUUGGCCCCUACGGGCUACUCUGCCUACUACUGUGAUGGGGAAUGUCUUUACCCUCUGGGCUCCUGCAUGAACGCGACCAACCACGCCCUCAUCCAACAAGUGGUGCAUCUGUUAAAGCCAGAGGAGGUGCCCAAGGCGUGCUGCGCACCCACCAAACUGAGUCCCAUCUCGGUGCUCUUCUACGACGAACACAACAACGUCAUCCUCAAGAAGCACCGCAACAUGGUGGUCAAGACCUGCGGAUGUCUAUGAUACAUCAUCCCCUCCCCCCAGGCCCCAGUAGCAGGAGUGUUCGGUAUAGGUUCUUAAGGUUGUUGUACGAGCUGAAAUGAGGUGGAAUGAUUUAUAAUGGUAAUUAUAAGGAAACCCAUUUAGGCUCUGAAGCGCUUAACCGGUUGAGGGGAAACAAUUAAGUUAGAAUCCUUUGGCAUUGCAAAAGCCACAUGGCGUAGGUUUAAAUCGAAUCAGUACUUAUUUUGACUAUCAAAUUCAUUGAGUAGGAUAACUGAAGGAUAAUCCAUGAACAUGAUGUAUAAGCAGCUGGAUAAUGGCAUACUAUCCACGCAAUCUCAGUAAUCUUUGAUUACAGGGUAGGAUAGGAUCAAUCAAGUGUUAUUGCAAUCCUAAAAAUCUCAUUAACACGCGCACUCUAUCUGAUCCAGAUGUUUCUCUUGUGACCAUCUGGAAAGAUUGAAUCGCAUCUCUAGGGUCAAAGGUCAGAUCGUCAGUUUGUUUGAUCGUCGUGUUUAUAAAGAGUGGUACUGCAUGCUUAGCAUAGCUGCCUUGAAGAUUUAUAUAGGAUAUGUGCUGCUAUGUUUUCCUAAACUGAUUUAGUUCAUCGAAAGAUAUUGCCCUUAAGCUAGAGUGGACAGUUUAACACUGUACUGUGUGAUGAAACAAGAUACAAGUUUGUGUGUUCAAGUCUACCCUCCAAGCUAUCCAAUUCCAGUUUUAAGUCAAAGUAAGACUUCCUCCAUUUGCUUUUUAAAGCCACCAUGAUUUCACUGAAUAUUCUGGGGACCUCCCAGAUUUUAUUUGAUAUAUAAUUUUGUCUUAAUAUUAUCAUAUUGUUUCAGAGUAGGGGAGCCUUCAACAUCAAUUUUGUCUUAAUACUGUAAAUAUAAGGCCGUAUACUUUAGUUACAGGAAAAAUAAUGUUCGUUUGAAUAGACCAUAUUUGUAUUGUUUUAAGUUUUUGCACAUAUUUUGUACAUUUCACUCUUAUUAACUUGAUAUACAUGGUAGCAUAUGACAUUUGAUUUCAGAACUUCCUUCCCAUUAAUUAAUACCUUCCACAUUAAAUGAGGGGUUUGAAUACAACAGUGUCAACAUAUACCCCUUUGACUUUAACAUUGCCUUUUUUAAAUGUCAUUAUCAACCUCGAAAUGGUGAUCAGCAGUCAGAAGUCAUAUUACAAAAGGUGCUUUGUAAAGGGAUAAAUAAAGCGUUGUAGUGUUACUUUAAAUACAUUGCCGUUUAUUGAAAAGGUUAAAAAGCAAAACAUACAUCAGCAGUCGUAACUAAUUAGUUAGCCUUUUAUACUUCAAUUGCAUGAUGCUGCGCAAGUUUGAAUCUUUAUAUCUAGAUAUAGAUAUAUAAAAAAAAAUUAGACCGCUACAACGUCUUGGCCUUUGCCUGAAAUGUCAUCCGAACUGUUCAGUUCACGGCAGUGAAUUCAAAUUAGUUGAAAUAGUGAUUAAGAGACCACAAGAGAGCAAGUAUCAGGAGGUAUACGUGCAUAGUUCUGGAACCAAUGGAAUCCUGAAUGCGGCGAAUGUCACCCUUACAUUCUAUUCCCAAGUCUUGCACCAUGGGCCUCAUUCACCUAAAGGCCAGAACAAAGAUGGCCAGUAGUAGAAUGAGGCCGGUUAGAACAACGUAACCUCAGUGCAUGGCGAUAGGGUGGGCAGCAGGGGUUGCAUGACCCAGGGUGUCUUAACAUUGCAACAGUGAGGCAUGGAUGAACAACACCCAAUACACUCAAGGUCACUGGGUACUGUUGGUCGAGGCAUGACCAAGAGGAAAGAAGCAAAUCGGAACCAGAGCCUUUUUUUUUUUGCGUUGUUUGGCCUGGAAAGCCUUGGUCCCAAAAAGCUAAAAACUUUCAAACAUGUUCUUUGUUUUAUCCACAACUUGUAUUUAAUCGUUCAAAAAAAAGCACAAUGAAUUUAGCUAGUGGUUUGCUGUGCAAGUCCAGGUUAUUGAUGCAGGAUAAAUGUCA